CGACAAAAAAAAAAAAUGGAUACGGCGUAAAGUUUCAUCGAGUUGACGUUCACUCACACUGUGGAAACUCUUUGACGACUCGUGUGUUCUGUUUACAGUGUGUCCGAAGCGUUUGUCGGUUUCUUCUUCUUCACCGCGGUUCAUCAAAUAUUCAUCUACCAUCGUCAUUACCAUUCAUUCAUAUUUAUUUUUUCGCCCACUAUCGAGGCUAACAUCCGCAAAACGAGCAAGGGAGUUUCGUGGGUUGUGGAGAAAAAUGGGUCGUAAUCUCAUUCUUAAUUGACAUCGCGGAUUCGCCGAAUCGUUAUUCCGAGGAGGAAAAAUCAUUGGUGUAUCGUUGUGUCGUGAUGAAGACGCAGUGUGGAAUAAGUUUAGUGAUAGUAUUGUGUUGUUUGUGGGCUAGUGUUGGAACUAGCGGUCUUGAUAUACAAGAUGAAUUGGAGCAUCACGGAAAAUGUGAACCCAUUACUAUUGAUCUAUGCAUGAAUUUACCGUACAAUCAGACCAUGAUGCCCAAUUUGCUCAAGCAUCAGAAACAGGAGGACGCUGGUCAGGACGUUUAUCAGUACACACCCCUUGUCAAGAUACAGUGCAGUCCGGACCUUCGAUUUUUUUUGUGUCUCAUGUACGCACCUGUGUGUACUAUUCUCGAAAAACCGUUGCCCCCUUGUCGUUCGAUUUGCGAACGAGCCCGAGCUGGUUGUGAAGGUGUUAUGCGAACUUUCAGUUUCCCCUGGCCGCCCAGUCUCGACUGCUCUAAAUUACCGGAAUACGGCGAAAAUCCCGAAGUUUUGUGUGUCGGUACCAACGAAACGUCACCCUCGAGAUCGAGCUCAACCAUUAGACCCACCGAAAAAUCACCGGUUGAAUUCGAAUCCCACUGGCACACCGCUGCUCGUGAUUAUGGAUUUGUGUGUCCUGCACAAUUUACUGUUCCCCAUGAAUAUCAAUAUUCGCUCAAAGUCGGUGAUAAGGUUAUUCACAAUUGCGGAGUACCCUGCGAGGGAGUGUUCUUCGACGACAUAAAAAGACAAUUUUCCAGGGUUUGGAUUGGUACUUGGGCAGCUCUCUGCGCCGCUUCGUGCUUCUUCACUUUUCUCACCUUUCUCAUUGACACCGAUAGAUUCAGGUAUCCAGAGCGUCCAAUCAUUUUUUUAUCUGUGUGCUAUCUCAUGGUAGCCCUUGUUUACGUCAUUGGUUGGGCAGCCAAGAAUAAUAUAGCGUGUAGAGCACCUUUUCCGCAUCCACCAAACACUCAAGUUCAAAUGAUCUCCAUCAUAACUCAAGGAACCAAACACGAAUGGUGUACUUUACUCUUCAUGGUGCUUUACUUUUUUGGUAUGGCAUCGAGCAUUUGGUGGGUCAUUCUCACCCUUACUUGGUUCUUGGCUGCUGGCCUCAAGUGGGGACACGAGGCUAUUGAAGCAAAUUCUCAAUAUUUCCAUCUCGCGGCUUGGGCCGCGCCUGCUAUCAAAACAGUCACAAUUCUCGCCAUGGGAAAAGUCGAAGGUGAUGUCCUUUCUGGUGUUUGUUACGUGGGCCUUUGGAACGUGGAAGCUCUUCGUGGUUUCGUUCUAGCUCCAUUGUGCGUUUAUCUCGUUUUGGGUACGGCGUUUCUUCUCGCCGGUUUUGUUUCCCUCUUCCGUAUACGUACAGUGAUGAAGCACGAUGGCACAAAAACCGAUAAACUUGAGAAGCUCAUGAUAAGAAUCGGAAUAUUUUCCGUACUUUACACAGUUCCAGCAUUAAUUGUAAUUGCUUGUUUAUUUUACGAGCAAGCUUAUUUCGACAGUUGGAUGUUGACUUGGAACGGGCACUUGUGCGAUAAAGCACCUUACUACCUCCCAUGUCCGGUCGGCGAUCAUGGUCAUCGUCCUGAAUUCGAGGUAUUCAUGAUCAAAUAUUUGAUGGCAAUGAUCGUCGGCAUUACCAGUAGUUUUUGGGUAUGGUCGAGUAAAACUCUUACGAGCUGGCGACAAUUUUUCAAUCACAUACGUGGACGUCGAGCCGAAGCUUACGUUUAAAGACGCUAUACCAUUGUUGUUGUGCUCUCUGUCUCUUACACGAAAUCCUUUCACGCGUACAUAUAUUCCCUCCCGGUCAAAGAUUUUUGUACAAAAUUUUGGCAAUUCACCGCAUUCCUUUGACUCUCAUCACUUUUUUUUGUUUCUCAUAUUUCUGAUGUUUCACUGGUAAGAGAAAUUUUAUAUGUGUGAUAAAUUUGGAAUUUUUAGUUCUUGAUCUUGGGUCGAUCCAAUAACACAACGCGAUACUGGGGCGAUACCCGCUCGGUUCAAAAUUGAAAGGCAAAAAAUCAAUCGAGACAAAUAAGUUAAGAAAAAUCAUUGAUGAAAAUUGAGAAAAAUUGUAUGUUGUACACUGUGAUUGUGAGAAUUUUCCUUAUUACAUGUUGGAUGUGAGAAAAAAUAAUGAGAGUGAAUCGAUCGUAGUAUCGUCUUUAAUAUCGUGCCAAUUAUAUUUUAUUAAUAACACACAUACGGUCAGUAAUCAUUGUUGUUUCGAUGAAAUUUCAAUGACUGUUACGAAUCUGAAGAAAAAAGAGAAUCUCAUUCCGAUCCGUGAAAUAUGACUGUAACGCGCUUACCGGACGCGUUUAUUUUUUAUUGUACUUUUUAUCGUAAUCUCAAACGAUAUAAUAAUAUUGAACAAUUCUAUGAAAUUGUAACGCUCAAAAUAAGUCGGUUGAAGAUGCUCAGAAUUUACCAGUUUGAGUUUCGAAAGGAACGAGACAACAAAAGAAUAGAACCCACGGAAAAUCGUUCCUCAAAACUCAUGACUUUUUGUAUUUCGUAUUAUUUCAUUUUUUACCACUGUUUGUAGAGCAAUCGAUACGUUGAAUUGACUACGACCUCUGAAUUAACCUCGUGAUUCAACCACUUCGACUAACGAAAAAGCAAUCAUCGCAUUGUGAAACGUGCGACAACAAUUUUUGAAGAAUUUUUUUUCCAAAUUGUGAGUUUUUUGUACUGACAAUAGAUCGAAAUUUGAGAAAAAAAAAUAUUUGUUCUACUCUUAUCAUGGACAAACGUUUUUACGCAAAUUUUUGAAAGCAAAGAGAAAGACAAGAAAAAUAAUCGGUCAUGAGUCCGAUUAGUCUCAGAGCGAGAUAUACUCUCUUUACUAGCGAAUAAUUCCUAGACGUAACCGAUCGUGUGCUACUAUUUAGUUAGGUAACGUUUUGUAUAUAAAUGCAGGUUUAGUUUUGCUAUGUAUCAUAAUAUAUUUUUAAAUACCCGUGUAAAUAAUUAAUAUCGCUCGCCGUGGCAAAAUGUAAUGAAUCAAUAAUCGACGUAUUUACUUGAUUAAAGAAAACUUAGUAAAGAUACACUGCCAGGUAUAGGUAAUCCAAGAAAGGGGUGCAAACGAUCCCGAAAUUGUAAUUGACACUCAGCGUCGUCAGGAGAUAACAAAAACAAAUGAGAAUUCAAUUACUCGGUAUAUCCGCAACUUGACUGCAGAAUUUUAUAUUUGUAACGUUAUAUAUAUUUUAUCGAAACUAUAUAAAUUUCGUCCAUUGGAACUGUCGAGCUUCUGUGUACCAUUUAAGAAUGUGAAAAAUAGACAAAAAAUUGAUACUUUAGUUAUUAAUUCAGCGUCCGCUGCUGCUGUUGCUACUACUGCUGCUGCCGCCGCCGCCGCCGCUGCUGCUGCUGCUGCUAUAUAAACUAUUCAAAAUUCAAAAUGAAAUAUUGACGAGUAGAAGAUUGAAUAAAAUCGAGGACUUGCGUCGGCGAGUGUACUCUUGAGAAGAAUUUGCGUUACGAGGAAUGCAGAAUGCCGUACGUUUAUAUACGUAAAAAAUGUGUUGAAUUAAUUAAGCCUUACGUAAUCUUUGAAUGAUGAAAUGAAGAUGAUGAUGGUGACGAUGAUUACGAAUAAGUGUACACAUUUAAAUAUGAAAGUCGAUUGAACAAAAGAGUAAUUAAAAUUAUCCGUACAAUAAGCAAAA